AUCAGCAAAGACUGCAAAUACAAGUCGCAUCAUAUUCUGGCAACACGUCACUGUCUCCGUUGAAAUCUGACAUUGAAAUGACAUCAGAGGAGAUUGCCAAAACAGAGAUCAUGUGCAACAAGGAUGACGGUGUUGGUACUAAACUAACAACAAAAAGAGGUAGUAUUGUGCAGUUCCUUAGACAGCUACUGCAGGAUGUGGAGAUACGCAGAGACUCGUCUUCAAGAAAACAUGUUGUUGUGAAGUUUAAAGAAAUCUCCAAAAAUCACUUCCCUG